AUGGGCGCGGUCUUCGAGAGCAAGAGCGACAUGCCCUCCUAUUUCUACGCUGGCAACUCGGAUAAGCUCAAGCGCCUUCACCGCUGCGCCAAUUCUCUCGUCUACUACUCAUACGCUCCGCCCGACUCUGCGGGCGCUCGGGGAUCCUUUGCGCGCAUUUCUGCGCUCCCGCCGCUUGUGGCGCGGUCCGCCUUCAUCUUUUCGAUUUCUCCCGCUGCGCUCGACAAUGCUGACGUGGAAGUGACGGUCGUCAACGACUCUCCGCGCCCGCUGACGGUUACUGGGCCGAUUGCUGGCGAAAUUCAGGCUACAGAAGGGACGGUGUCAGCUACAGACACGCUGAAUGUGGAUCCGGCGAUCCCGCAGGUGGUGUCGGACUACCUGGUAACUGUCGCCUUGUCGCAGAACAAGAAGCUGCGAGGAACCAUCAUUGUGUCGUCCACGCCGACCAGCAACCCCGAUGGCACCCUCUACACGGCCACAUACAUCAUCUACAAGCCGUUCCCUAACAGCAAUGGCGGGAUCUGCACCACUGACGCUGACAUUCCCUGCUUCACCUUUUCCUACCAGACCGCCACGUUCUUUGAACCCGCUGCAGAUGCUGCAUCAGCAGCAGGGGCUGACGGUGGGGACCCGGGCCAGCAGCAGGCACCGCCAAGGGCUAUGCUGGAAACUGGGGGGUCUGCUAAUGAUGGUGUGCAGUAUGCCGCUCUGGCUGCCAGCGCUGGUCACAGGAAGCUGGGGCGGGUUCUGAUUUCGGAAAUUGGAUUUGCAAUGGCAAGUGAUCGUGUGGUUGCUUCAGCUAGUGCUGUCAAUCGCUGCUACUACCUGGGAGGCAAGCUCGUCUGCAGUACCUCCUAG